AUGAGAACCCGACAUCGUGGGGCGCGGCCGGCGAAGGCGAAGCUGGCGCCGGCGGAGGAGGCCUUCACGGCGCGCGAGCGCGACGCGGCCGAGCAGCUCAUCCACCUCAGCGAGAGCAGCUCGUCCUCGGGUGCGCCGAGGACCGCCGGCCGCGCCCCCGAGGCUUCGCGCUCGUCCUCCUCGCCGCGCUCCGUGAAUACCUCCUCGGUGCUGGCGCCCGUUCUCCCUGGCUGUCGCGCGGGCCCGGGAGAAGAUGGGGAGCAGGAGGUGGCCGGGAGCAGGCGGAGGGUGAAGCGCUACCGCCUGAUCGCCGAGAUCUACGCUGCGACGGAGGAAAUUGGAGGGCGCGGCAGCCGGAAGAACAAGAUUGAAUAG